AUGGCUACACCCACGGGCCACCUGGAUAUCUAUUCCUACUGCGAACUCUUGCGACAUGAGGUUCAGCGUCUCCAUGACCGCCUGGACCGUAUGGAGCAUGGGAACACCGCAGCCUCUACCCCCCGCGGUCAUGCCUGGCGCCCUGCCUGGGACGGUGCCCGCUGGCAGUCUGCCCCCACCACUCCAGCCCCUACCCCUGCCGUCAUUGCCGUCGGCCACACCACCAUACCACUCGCGGAGACCCUCCCUACUGCCGCCGGUUCACCCGGCCGCUACUCUUGCACGCUUGUGGUGCCCGACUCUGUUGUUGGGCACAUCGUUGGUCGAGGCGGUAAGGGUCUUCACCAGGCUCACGACACAUCGGGCGCUCAACUGCGGGUCUACACUGACAAGACUUCCCCCGCCGAACGCCACGUCUCUAUCCGGGGCACCGACCAGCAAGUCGGUGAAGCCCUCAUCGCGCUUGGGAAGCGCUUCAUGCGCAAGCGUGUCCGCACUAAGAAGACGGGCCCGCCACGCCCUUCUGGGGACCCUGCCCCUCCCCCUCCUGGCCCUGCACCGGCGCCUUCGGACGUAGCGAUGCCCGAGGCCAGCCCGCUCAAGGAGCCCGCACCCGCGGCACGACGCUCCAAGACUCGGCAGCAGGAUCCACCCGUCCCGGCCGCCUCCGGUCCCCCGCAGCCACGUGAGGCACCUCCGCCCACAGCUCCGGCUCCGCAGCACCGGGCUCGGGCUCGAUUUGCCCCACAGGACUCUUCCCUUCCCGCCCCGGCUCCCCUACCCCAUGAGCGUGCGACUACCCCCUAUGCCCCUACGCGCGCCAUGGCAACCGCUAUCCCUACCCCCCAGCCCAACUCUACUCCAUUCAUCCCCUCGGUGGCCAUGCCCACUGCAUCCUCUACCCCUCAGUCCUUCACCCCUGCCGGAUCGCCCAUGGCCAUCGACUCGGUGAGGACCGGGGUGCCUCGGAGGCAGACGGCACGGCGAGGGCGUGGUGUUCUUGGAUCAGUCGCCCGUACUGACUCCCGCGGUAAUCUAUUGUUUCCAGGCGAUCCCGGCUAUGACCGGGCGUAA